AUGGAAACUGUUAACAACGUUAUCCAGGCGGCUUCAACCGCCAUUUGGGGAGAAAAUAGCACAAACACGGGGAAGCCCACUGAAUCAUUCAGCGAGGAGCCCAUUUCUGGCGUUCAAGGAAAAGGCAUUCCUAGUGAUCCAUAUGAUGCUGGCAAUCGAGAUGAACAACUCAAUGCUCCGGCAUCAAUUGCCAAUACAGCUCACCAGGAGCAGAAGCUGGAUGGAAAGCCACUGAACGCACUCCCCGACCAAACUUAUAAGCCAACAGAAAUGACACCAGCUCCCACACCUACUGCUGUCCAUGGCAUUAACGGAUCAAGCUCAGCUCCCCUACCUACUGUUACGCCUGCGCCUGCUCCUGGCAUUACAGCACCUAGUUCAAUCCUUCACGGGUUGGAUACCAGUCGUAACUUGGAAAGCGAGAAGCCAUCAGGCCUAGAGCAGCGCAAUACCGGUGCCCACAAUACUGGGGCCAAUGAAUUUACCGGUAGUGGAAGCAGUAGCACCCCGGCGGUGCAUCCUCCCAAUUCCAAGGUCAGCACUGAGGCGUUGAAGGGACCUCAGGGUCCUGCACCUCAUUCUGCUGAAGAGUUUAAAAAGAAGCCUGUUCGGGAUCCUCGGCCCGUGACAAAGAGUAAUACUGUUACGUCGAAUGGUAGUGAUUCAUCCAAGGGCUCUGAGAAAUCUCAGGGUCGUGGAGAUGGAAAUGAAAAUGGAAAUGAGAAGCACGGUGCUAUGGCUAAGAUGAAGGAGCGCCUGAGUAAGGCUACUCAUACUAGACACUCUAGCAAGUAG